AUGAGCCAACUUGGUGCCACCAAAUCUGGAUUUAUUUUAUGUAUCGGGGUCUGCAUUUUACUGUUUACAUUUAGCAAUAUUAAGGAUCUGGAUGAGGAAAAACAAUUUGCUCCUGAAAUAAAAGAAUGUGGGUUUUAUCCAGGGGAACUAUGUAGCGCUAUUCUUGAAGGCAAGACAGCUGCUUUGACAGUAGGGAACAUUUGUCAAUCAUUACUCCGUCCAUCGCACAAUCAAGGCCCAACAUGUUUGCAAACUACCACCAACUGCACCACAAUAAUCCAGGACUUGAACUUCAUAACAGAACCACUUUCAAAAGAGGAAGUGGAUUACCCUUUGGCAUAUAUAAUAACCAUACAUAAGAAGCUGGAUAUGUUUGUGAAACUUCUCCGAGCCAUAUAUGCUCCUCAGAACAUUUACUGCAUACACAUCGACAAGAAGUCCUCAAAGAGCUACAGUCGAACAGUCCAGAAGUUGACUGGUUGCUUCAGUAAUAUCAUAAUUUCUUCAAAGCAAGAGACAGUGGUGUAUGCAGGAUUUUCGCGCCUGAAAGCAGAUAUUAAUUGCAUGGAGGAUCUGAUUGAAUCAGAUAAUCAGUGGAGACACGUUAUUAACCUAUGUGGCCAAGAUUUCCCCAUCAGAACCAAUCGAGAAAUUGUCCAGUACUUGAAAACCCAAUGGAAUGGUCGUAACUUGACUCCUGGAGUAAUACAGCCACCACACAUGAAGUACAGGACAAGCAUAAGUUACCAAGAGUUCCAACAUAUAGGGAUGGCUUAUGUUUCCCAAACUUCAAAGGCAAAAUCAAGCCCACCACACAAUAUAACCCUGUUCUUUGGAACAGCUUAUUAUGCAUUAACGCGGGACUUUGUAAGGUUUGUGCUGUCUGAUCAACACGCAAAGGAUCUCCUUGAGUGGUCAAGAGACACGUACAGUCCCGACGAGCAUUACUGGGUGACACUUAACCGGAUGAAAGGUGAGAGCACAUAGGUAUUGAAGAACAUUCCUAUUUCUUUUUAGGUGUCCUGGAGAAGUUUAAGAACACCUCUAGGUUUGAACAUUGGUGUCACAUUCAUUUUACAUCACCCAACAGACAAAUGCAUAGUUUGAUCAGUACAUAGUGCAGGAAAGUAGUUAGAUAAAGGGGCAUUUUAAGUAACAUAACCACUAGAAUUUAAUGUAGUGGUUAUGUUGCCAUGAGUCUCUGGGUGCUGUAAACCAGGCUUUUCUCAAACCAUCUAGAAGCAUUGUGACAAAAACUGGGGCUCUGCCCAACAUUUAGGGAAAGCCUCAUCUUGGGCACAGUCCACUAAGGUCGACAGUGGCAUGCGGACAGUGCUUUCACCCAGACAGCAUGCACACAAAAAUUAAAUCUUCCCCCCUUGUCCCCCCCAAAAUCAUGCAGAUUCCGAUGUUUUCCACGAAUCCCCAUGUUAUAUAGCUUCUUGCAGUGAUAGAUACCCACACACAAAAAAAAAAAAAGUGUAGAGGACACCUGCCUACCAAAACUAGCUUCCCUGUUUUUCCCCCCAUUGGGAGUUGUAUUUGGCAGCAAUCCCCGUCAUCAGAUAGUUUGAAGGAUACUGCUACCUAAUCUGGUACCACCUGCACUACUUACUGAUAGUAAGGAGCGGGAAGCACUGCUUAUGCCAGCGUGAUGUAUAGUUAUACCAGCUCCAGUCAUCCCCACAGUGUUUAUGUUGGUGAGGGAAAGAGGAGCUAUUCAUAAAGUGAUAGUUCCUCUUUAAGUACAAAGUCACGUUAUUUACGAACAUAAUAGAAUGUCUGAAAACUAAAGCUGGCAGCAGGAACAUUGACUAACUUUUAUUUCAUAGAUGUCCCAGGUUCCACUCCUAAUGCGCAAUGGGAGGGGAAUAUCAGAGCGGUAAAAUGGAAAGAUCAAGAAGGCGUGUCUCAUCCUGGAUGCUUUGGUAAAUACAAUAAAAAAAUAAAUAAUCAUUCAUCACUGGGGGCGGGAUAAGAUAUCUAACGCCAUAUUUUAAAAGUCGCACACGAAAGGUACACUUAAUCAGAUAAAUAUUAAAACUUGCUUCUUAAAAUAAAGUUGUGCUUUGCUAAAAACAUUUACUUGUUCUGAUCUUUAAAAAAAAAAAAGAGUGUAUAUUAUUCAAAACUUACAUUUGAGGACAUCCUUUUAAUUAUUGAUAUUUUCUUUUUUUUACCAUUGAGAUAUUACAUUAGAUUUAGCCAUUUUCAGGAUUUAUGUGUACACUAAAAGGAAUAUUGUCAAAACAUGUUUUUAUUUAAUAUGAAAGAUGCCAUCCAUUAUAGACUGUUAUUUUGGAAUCCAUACCGAUUUGCAGGGUGUCUUCUAGCUUUCAUUAGUUUUAUGUGGAGAAACCACAUUAAGGCCACUUUUAGGUUUCUAAGAUUUCUAAGUUUAUACUACAAAAAUGAUACAACAAUGCUAUACCAUACCAUAAAAAUCCAAAUAUAUAUCAUAUACAUUUAUCCAAGAAAAGGGUAAGGAGAGAUGGUGACAUGGCAGACACCAAUAAAUCAAGGUCUUCCUUGAUUACAAAUGGGAGGAAUUUUAGGACAUUCAUACAGUUUUGUGGAUACAUAGAAUAAGCCCCCAGUAGUGGUGGUGAAUACCACAGCACGUGAUAUUUCUACAGAACAUACAUAUAGCUAGUGACAAUUAACACAGUGGAUAAAGGCUGUGUUUUACUUUCAUUUGAUGGGUCAACUGGCUCUUUAAAUCGACCAAUCAAACCCGUAUUUCCUUGCUGUUUCAACCCAUGUUGGUUUCAGUUUGAAGUAAAUUCUAUGACAUUCCUUCGGCAGGGCAAUAUGUUCGAGAUAUCUGUGUAUACGGACUUGGAGAUCUACCGUGGAUCAUUGAGUCACCGCAUUUAUUUGCCAAUAAGUUUGACCCUGGAUUGCACCCGCUGGUGACAGAUUGUUUGGAAAGACAUUACAGGCUCAGAGUUCUAGAACAAGCAGAGGUGGAAAUAGAUCCAAACUGGUAUUUGGAAGACAACUACACCAGGAAGCCUGCCAACACCUGA